CCAUUUCUAAUCAGUAACAACAACAAGCAGCGUCGUCGCGCCAGCUGAUUGAAGUUUGUUUAUCAACCAUCGUCGCGUCGAAACUCUACGAUUUCGCGAGUUUUCGCACCGUAAAAGUAGUGAAAUCCAUCACCACAUCCGCCACGAAUAAUGACGACCCAACCGGUCACAACCAAACUCCAGCCACACACCAUCACAUCCCGCAAAAACCUCAAACCCGUCGAAACCACACUACGCUUCAAGAAAGCCGACGUCCGCCAAUGUCGGCUGUGCUUGCGUGUGCUGCCGCGCGUCGACGUCCGUCUAACCGUCGAAAACGAUGCGUACGACUUCCGGAGCAAAAUCCUCGAAGCCGUUGGUGUGAAAAUCACGGACCAGGACAAACUACAAGGCGUUUGCUGCAGCUGCCUGUGGUUGGUGGACAUGGUUAACAACUUCCGGGAAGCGUGCCGCAAGGCGGACACCAUCCACCGGAAGCGACUGCUAAUUAUGCACCCCGGCAGCUGGACUGCCGAAGACAGUAAGAAAACCCUCGAAGAUUGCCACAACAUGGUGAAACGGAAUCGGUCCCAGAUGGAUGCCUUGUACGGGUGCUUCGAGCGCAAGGAGGAAGAAGCGCAACAGCAGACCAGUCGGCAACCGAUUAAGAUAGAAGAAGUCGACCUGCCUCCUCCACCAUUAGUCUCAGAACCCCCGACUUUGCCCGAGAACGAUCCCAUUCAAGAUCACAUAGCAGCGGAUGACGCCAAGCCAAAACCCUCUUCUCCCGAGCCCCCCUCCAGUUUCGCCACCGUCAGGAAAACGGUCAUGUGUGAUAUCUGCGGAGAGUUCCAAGAACGCUCCCUACUGGAGGGCCACCGGAACAGACAUCUGGGCGUUCGUCCUUACCCGUGUACCGGCGAAGGCUGUGGAAAAAUAUUUUCCUGCAGAAACGCGCUAUCGCGGCAUUUCACUGCGCAACAUUCCGUUGUGAUGCCGAAGCUCGAGUGCCAAAUCUGCCACUGUAAGUUGAAAGGGCACAAACAACUUCAAUUGCACAUGACGAUUCAUGGCGGUGAUAACCCGCGCAAGUCGGCCUGCCGAAUCUGCGGUAAAAUGUUGUACAAGUGCUAUCUCAAGGAUCAUAUGGCUGUCCAUACGGGGGAGUUGGCCUAUCACUGCGAGGUCUGCGAUCGGUCGUUUGCUGCUAUGAACAACUACAUCACGCAUUUGAAGAAGUUCCAUCCCGAUGUCGAAUACAACCCGAGGAAUAUGCCCCGGCGUGUUGUCGAUGGGAUGAAUUCGGAAUAAAGUUGUUGUGAUAAUCUA